ACAGGGGGAGCGCCGAGAGAAGGGAGGAAUUACGACUGGUAUUAGGCCCCUGUCCUUAUAAUGGUACCAACCUUUGUUAAGAGGAAAGCCUCAAGCCUUCCCAGUCAGUAACAACUGCAUGCCCAGGUCUUCCUUGCCUCUGCAGACCUUUAGCUUCCAGCUCAGGCUAGCUGAAACUAAUGAGAUAUUUUCACUACCUCAGUGCCAGAAUGACUUGACGCUGAAGCAGCUCAAGUCUGAUUUGGAAUUAUUGACUGGGAUCCCCUUUCAUUUCCAGCGGCUUCACUACCUGGAUGAAAGUAAGAACCUGUAACCUCUGUUGUUCCUGAAGGUUACUGACAGGUUAUUGUUCACUCACCAUCUAUUUAUUAUAGUUUACAUUUCUUUACAGUCUCUGAGGGUACGUUGACUUGCUUUUAUUUUAUAACUCCCUUCAGUAGAUCUGCCAGACGAUUCUACGCUUAUGGACAAUGAUUUUGUCCCUGGUGGAACAAUUACAAUGCGCAUCUGGAGGCAAGAUGGCUGGGGGCAUCUCGUGGCAGCUGCUGCCAAAGGAGACACGAUGAAGCUGGCCCAGCUGGGAGUUACAGAAGAGUAUGCUGGCACCUCUCCAUAUGCAAAGAUUCUGGGACCAGAGCAGAAAAAGGAGUGGGUAGCACACCGUGCUUUUGUGGCUCUGUUUGUUGCCAGCCACAGAGGUCAUGUUAACACUGUGAAGUUUCUCCUGAGUCAUGGUGCAGAUGUGCACUCUAAAACUCCACUGGGAAGGACUGCGCUGCACGUAGCUGCUAUCAUGGGCCACUGUGAGUGCAUUGAGCUGCUGGUGAGCUGUGGGGCACGAGCCCUCGACCCAGAUUGUGAGGGGCAAACCGCAGUGAAGUUGGCCCAGCUCUGGGGCCAGAAGCAGAGCGAGCAUGCCCUGAUGCACGUCCCACGGCCGCCGGCUGGAGCCAGGCCUUGAUGCAGGGAUGGAGCUGUGCUGCAGGCUCAUGGCCAGCCGGCCUGAUAUACACAGGCUGACCUGGUUCUGGCAGAUCUGAGGACAGUCAGUAACUUUCCCAAUGACACGCACUUUAAAUAGAGGUCACUGCGUACCUUUUGUGGGGUUUUGUUGUGAAAUAAUGUCAUAUUCUGAUGAUGCUGCAGCUAAGGUGACAGCUAGCUCAACCACAUAACCCUUGAGCGUGUGCUUUAUUUGUAAUCUAAGCUUUUUGGUAGUGCUGCUUUAAUUUCUUUGAGCUUAAAGUUGCCUUAUUUUUUUUAAUCCGUGGAUGUUGAGAUCGGGAGGUGGCAGUGGGGCCGGCAGGGGGUGUCCCAGCACUGCACUCAACUGCAGGCAGCAGUGCUGCAUCCUCCCCUGACGGUGGUGCUCCGACUGUUUCCAGAAUAAGGGGAUAAAUAUCCCUGACUUCUUCCUGGGAAUCGAGUACUAAAGCAAGGUUCAAAACCUUAGCCUAUGGAAGCCAGUUACUGUGGGAGAGCAUAUAGCAAACUUUAUAUGUGCUGGCAUUGGUCUGAACAAACACAGAAUUCCUGCUGUAACGAUGCCUUUUAGUACUCUUUAAAAAAGGCUCACUCUCUGGUUUCCUGUUGGUUAUUAGUUCUACCUGAUUCAAACAUACAGAUGUUGGGUAAAUGCAAUGACAAGAUCACGUUCUAUCAAAGUGAUCAAUGGACAAGAUAUGAAACGGUGUUUGAUGUCGUGCUGAGCAGUUGGAUAUUGUAAGCAGGAUUAUAAGAGAAAUCUUUAGAAAUCCGUUAUUCUUUCUUUGUGUUGUCUGUCUAGACUGUCUGAUCUGUGCUUAGGCUUCUAGAAAGGAGGAGAGGAUUUGUAGUUGCUUUUAGCCAUUAUGCAGCAUAACUUGAGAGAACAUAAGAAUGUGAUACACAGAGAACAGAGUGUCUUCAGGAUGAGAAUUCCAGAAAUGGUAGAAAAUUAUGUAGUAUACAGUCAUGGAGGGCAGACAGCAAGUAUUGCUUGCUGGUAGCUGGAAACUCACCCUCAGAAAAGAAAAAGAAAAAAAAAAAAGAAAGAAAUCCUAAAUGUGUUGUGGCUGGGAAAUGAGUGUACACUGAUCCAAAAUUUGAUGGGGUAAAUCAGAAGAGAAUUAACAUCUGGACAAGGCCAGCACUGGAACAGUGUGUGCUCAUGUUUUUCUUAGAUGAGAAAGGAGAACCCAAGCUAAAGAGAGAUUAACCAGAGGAAAGGAGGGAGUUUGUCCUCAGGAGAGGAGCAGGAACACGAGGCAUUCUGUGUUGUGGUUGUUACUUCCUCUUCUCUGUGCUACAGUACAGAAGGAGGAUCAGUCUUCAGAAGAAUUUAGUGAGGACUUAUUAAUGAGCUUUGGGAUUCUCAGAUAAAGGAAGAGGCUGACUGUUAAGAAGAAGAAAAGGUAUUAAAAUGCUUUGGGUUUAAUUUGGCCCAAGGCAGGACAAAUGUCACAACUGUCUCCUAGUAUUAGGAAAUCCAAAGCAACUCUUUUGGAAGGACUGUUGGUGGCCCUGCAUGUGGCAGGAGGGUUGGAGAUUCAUGAUCCUUGAGGUCCCUUCCAACCCUGGCCAUUCUGUGAUUCUGUGACUGUGACUCCCAUGGAUGUAAAAACCAAAGUUAAAUAAAGAUGACAAGCACAGCAAUAAUUCAACACACUUUCUUAGUGUUACAGCUCACCCCUUCCAUUGCCUGGGCAGAGACCAGUACUGUUGCUCAUAGCCAUCACAAUGACUGCUGCUCCCUCAGAGCCUUGAGAAAGCCAGAGCUCAGCAAGCCUGACACUGGCUGCUGCUACUUAGAGGUAGUUGCUGUAGCCAGUGACAGCCUUGGAUAUCUAUAGACUGUCACCUUUGAUAAAUCUGAAUAAUGAUAUGUUCCCCAAACAUUUCCCCUUCCUCUAGAAACAUUUCUAACUUUAACUGAGUUAUACCUGUUCCAUAUUUGUCUGUAGUGCAGAAUGUCGUGGCAAUCAUGACAUUCAUUUUUCAAAGUGAAUCAAAUGAAUAGAAAUUGUUAAAUGCUGGUGUACAAUAUAGCUCAUAAAACCAACAUCAGGAAAGUUGCACUGAUUGGGCUCUUAGAUGCUGUUUUCCUUUUGCUUGGGAAACAGAAUUGUAGUCAGCUUGCAAUCUCCUCAACAUUGUUCAUGGAGGAAGCAGACAAAAAAUACCAAUGGCUGCAAUUUAGUUAAUUUUAUGCUAAACACAAUCAGCAUUCAAACUGGGAGUUACCAAGUGGAAAUGCAUUGAUAGGGAAGCCAAAAUAUUCUCUGUGAGUAGAUGGUGAAAUAUUAAAAUCUCAAAUAGACUCCUGAAAAGCCCAUAACUGUAGGGCGGAGAAGAUGCAAAGGUGAAGUUUGGCACUGCUGGAAUCAACAGGAGGUCAGUGAGGUCACGAAUUAAUCCUCAACACGGGAGGUCAUGACUCUGUGUGGUACGAACCAGUGCAGCACUGUUAUAACAUAAGGCCUUGUAACAACAAAGACAACGAUUAAAAAAAAAAAAGAGAUGAAAAAAAAAAGGUUGCUAAGGAUCUGUCUGAGUCAGGACUUAUAUAGGAAUGCUUUCUCUGCCAUCAGCUUUCAAAUUUGCAGCAUGCCUUGCAUUGCAACCACCAACUGUGUUCAAAGACAACCAGAAUUUGGUUGUGAACUUUCUGAGGAUCGUGUUGACCAUUAAUGUUUAGAAAGGAUAGCGGUUCACAGAAGGAAGCCAAAACCUAUAUACUUUCUAGCAUGCUUCCAACAUCUAUUAUGCUUCCAGCAUCCCGUUUAGGUUGGUUUGAUGCCUGACCUACACUGCAAUUGAGGUUAGUGCUUUGCUUUUCCUUGCAGUUCUCCAUAUGGUAUUCUGUUUGCAAGAUUUGCUUGACAUAACUGUCUGGUAUGGUUUGUUGGUGUUUUGCUAGGAUUCCUGUGUGUUCAGAAGCUAAUAAAGGAACUGUCAACUCAAAGGCCUGUCUUAAAAUGUGGCCCUACUGGCUUGGGAUAAGAAACGCAGAGAUUCCUCUUCCAAGCCUCUUCUGUGGAAUUCGUGAUGCUAUUUCAAUUCCUUUGGUUUCCAGUAACAAAAAAAACCAAUUGGGGUCAAGCAGAAGUCAAGGUAUAAAAAUUAAUCACUGUGAGCUUCCUUACUUG